AUGGAAAUAUUUCUGAGGUUUGUGGGUGAUCCUGGCUUUCAGUCUGGUGUAGCUCAAGAUGUGGGUGUACAUCAUACUACUGCCAACAAGACUAUAAGGUACGUGAUGAGUAGAGUAGUUGAACAAUCACACAAUUGGAUACGGUUUCCAACUACAGCUGAAGAUAUGACCGAGGCUAAAGUUUUGUGGCAGAGACAUUUUCGUUUGCCGUCUGUAAUUGGUGCCCUUGAUUGUACUCAAAUUGAGAUACAAAAGCCUGGGCUGGACGGUGAUGAGUAUAUUUGUAGAAAAGGAUAUCCUAGUAUAAAUGUCCAGGCAACAUGCAAUGCAUUGGAACAGUUUACAAGUAUUAGUGCAGAGUGGCCCGGCAGUGUUCACGACGGCAGAGUAUGGAGGAAUAGUCAUGUCAGAGACAUCGUGUCACAGUAUGAUGGAGCAGUUUGUCUUUUAGGAGAUUCAGGAUACGGUUUAUCGCCGUGGUUGAUUACACCGUUCAAGCCUCCACGAACGCAUCAAGAACGAGAGUUCAAUCUAAUCCAUGCUAGAGAAAGGAUUAUAAUAGAAAGAUGUUUUGGCCAGUUAAAAAGGAGAUUCCCAAUCCUGGGAAACUGUGUUAGAGUUGCAUUAAACAACAUUCCACAAGUGGUAGUCAGUUGCGCUGUGCUACACAACAUUGCCAAGUAUCUAAAGGAUGACUUUGAGUAUGGGGAUCUUGAUAGCGUCCCAAAUGAAGAUGACCAACCUGGGGUGGUUCGUUAUGAAAAUCCCGACACAACAUUAAGAGGCAAAGACAAGCGUGCCAAUAUGAUGGCGUAUUUGAAUAUUCAGUGA